AUGUCCGGACCCUCGGCCCAGAAGGCCAAGCUCGUCAUGGAUCUGAUUCGCGGCCAGAGCGUGGAUCGGGCGUUGGCCACGCUGCGGUUCUCCCGAAAGCGGAUAGCCGGCGACGUCGCCAAGGUGCUCCGUUCGGCGGUCGCGAAUGCGGAACAGAAAGAGGGCGCCGCCGGCGAUAUCGACCGGAUGUUCGUGUCGAAGUGCUACGCCGAUCAGGGGCCGUCGAUGAAGCGCAUCCGGCCGGCGCCGAUGGGCGCGCGUUCCGCAUCGUCAGCGAACGCGCACCUGACGUUCAUGUCGUGGAGCAGCCGGAAUCGUCGCGCGAGUGGUGACCCCGGGCGAGUCCGGCUCGCGAGCGCGCAGCCGGAUCCUCCCGACCCCGGGCGCCGUUCGACGAAGUCGUCGAAGCGGCGGCCGAGAAAGCGAUCGAGCGACUAG